CUCCCCCACGUGUGCUUUGCUGUUCGCCAGAUCUCCGCGGAGCGGCGGCGGCGGCCACUAUCCCUAGGGGAGUAGUGGGUGGAGGUUCGGGCGCUGGAACCUUGGCAGCUCGCAAUCUCUGAGCACGAAGCAGUGAGCGCUGGGGUCCCCCAGCACAGAGGGCCUAGGAUCAUGGAGCAUCUCUUACUGGAGGUGGCGGCCACACCACUGCGGUUAAUCGCUGCCAAGAACGAGAAGAGCCGCAGUGAGCUGGGCAGAUUCUUGGCCAAGCAGGUGUGGACACCUCAAGAUCGCCAGUCUAUCCUGAGUAUUUUAGCACAGUUGCUCUUGGAUAAGGAUUACACUGUGCUGAUUGGCCGUCAGCUGCGCCCUCUCCUUUUGGAUUUGCUGGAAAGGAAUGCUGAAGCCAUCAAGACAGGAGGCCAUGUUAACCAUGAUCUGCAUGAACGGCUCUGUGUGUGUAUGAGCAAGCUCAUUAGUAGCCAUCCUGAUGUGCUCCCGUUUGCCCUGAGGUAUUUCAAGGACACUUCCCCAGUCUUUCAAAGACUCUUCUUGGAGAGUUCAGAUGCUAAUCCAGUUCGCUAUGGGCGAAGACGGAUGAAACUUCGGGACUUAAUGGAAGCAGCCUACAAGUUUCUGCAGCAAGAGCAAUCUGUGUUCCGGGAACUCUGGGACUGGAGUGUGUGUGUCCCCCUCCUCAGAAGCCAUGACACUUUGGUCCGUUGGUACACAGCCAACUGUCUUGCCUUGGUCACCUAUAUGAACGAAGAGCACAAGUUAUCAUUCCUUAAGAAGAUUUUUAAUAGUGAUGAAUUGAUCCACUUCAGGUUGAGGUUAUUAGAAGAAGCCCAGUUGCAGGACUUGGAGAAGGCCUUGGUUUUGGCCAAUCCAGAAGCCUCCCUUUGGCAUAAGGAUAAGGAGCUGCAAUACCUACAAGGACACCUUAUUUCAGCUGACCUCUCCUCCAGGGUGACAGCAGUAUGUGGUGUGGUAUUGCCCAAGCAGCCUCCGGCCCCUGGAGAGCAGCAGGCUAGUAAUAUGAGUUCUUCACGAGAACAAGAGCUGGCCCUUCGAUCUUAUGUGCUGGUUAAGUCUGUCUGCAAAAAUCUUCAGACCCUGGCUUUGGCAGUGGCUUCUCAGAAUGCUGUGUUGUUGGAAGGACCAAUAGGAUGUGGCAAAACUUCCUUAGUUGAACAUUUAGCUGCAAUGACAGGUAGAAGAAAGCCUCCUCAGCUUCUCAAAGUCCAGCUUGGAGAUCAGACUGACAGUAAGAUGCUGUUGGGGAUGUAUCGCUGCACAGAUGUUCCUGGAGAGUUUGUGUGGCAGCCUGGUACCCUGACACAGGCAGCCACAAAGGGCCAUUGGAUUCUUCUGGAGGAUAUUGACUAUGCCCCCUUAGAUGUGGUUUCAGUGCUGAUCCCGCUUUUGGAGAAUGGACAACUCUUGAUUCCUGGCCGAGGGGACUGUCUGAAAGUGGCUCCUGGAUUUCAGUUUUUUGCAACCAGGAGACUCUUGACUUGUGGAGGUAAUUGGUAUCGACCACUAAAUAGUCAUGCCACUUUGUUAGACAAAUAUUGGACCAAAAUUCACCUGGAUAAUCUGAAUAAGAAAGAACUGAAUGAGGUUCUUCAGAGCAGAUAUCCCAGCCUGUUGGAAGCUGCUGAUCACCUGCUUGACAUUUAUAUUGAGCUUACUGGAGAGAAACAUCACUCUUCAAGUGAUAAUUGUAUUGAAAGUGAAGAGGCAUCUGAGGCAGUUUCAGAAGCCAGAAGAGAAAACAAAAGACCUAUCCUUGAGGGCAGAGAAUUGUCUCUAAGGGAUCUACUGAAUUGGUGUAAUAGGAUUGCUCAUAGCUUUGACAGUUCAUCUUCAUCAGCAUCAUUAAAUAUUUUUCAAGAGGCUCUGGACUGUUUCACAGCAAUGCUUUCUGAGCGCACAAGCAAAUUGAAAAUGGCAGAAGUUAUUGGAAGCAAAUUGAACAUUUCUAAGAAAAAGGCCGAAUUUUUCUGUCAACUUUAUAAACCAGAAAUUCUGAUCAAUGAACUAGAUGUGCAAGUAGGCAGAGUGCGACUUCUUCGGAAACAAAACGAGGCUGCUCAUGUACAGAGGGAGAAAUUCACUUUUGCUGCUACACGGCCAUCCUCUGUUCUCAUUGAACAGCUUGCAGUGUGCGUCAGCAAAGGGGAGCCUGUGUUGCUGGUGGGAGAGACUGGGACUGGCAAAACCUCUACUGUCCAGUACUUGGCACACAUUACAGGCCACCGUUUGAGAGUUGUCAAUAUGAAUCAGCAGAGUGACACUGCAGACUUGCUUGGAGGUUACAAGCCUGUGGACCAUAAGCUUAUUUGGCUACCCUUACGAGAGGCAUUUGAGGAGCUCUUUGCCCAAACAUUUUCCAAGAAACAAAACUUUACUUUCUUGGGGCACAUUCAGACCUGUUAUAGGCAAAAACGGUGGCAUAAUCUCCUGAGAUUAAUGCAGCAUGUACACAAGUCUGCUGUUGACAAGGAAGGAAAACAGAGUGAAACUGGGUUACUCCUAAAGGAGAAAUGGGAAGCUUUUGGCCUUAGACUCAACCAUGCCCAACAACAGAUGAAAAUGGCUGAAAAUGCCCUAUUAUUUGCAUUUGUAGAGGGUACAUUAGCUCAGGCUGUAAAGAAAGGAGAGUGGAUCUUGUUGGAUGAGAUUAAUUUGGCUGCUCCUGAAACAUUAGAAUGUCUGAGUGGUUUGCUUGAAGGAUCCUCUGGUUCCCUGGUGUUGCUUGAUCGAGGAGACACAGAGCCACUGGUUCGUCAUCCUGACUUCCGUUUAUUUGCCUGCAUGAAUCCAGCUACUGAUGUGGGCAAAAGAAAUCUCCCACCAGGAAUAAGAAACAGGUUCACGGAACUAUAUGUAGAAGAGUUGGAAAGUAAAGAGGAUUUACAGAUUCUUAUUGUGGAUUAUCUGAAAGGAUUGAGCAUGAACAAGAGCACAGUGCAAGGAAUCAUAAACUUCUACACAGGUUUGCGGAAAGAGUCUGGCACAAAAUUGGUUGAUGGGACUGGCCACAGACCUCACUACAGCCUUCGAACUCUCUGCAGGGCCUUGCGAUUUGCAGCUUCCAAUCCAUGUGGCAACAUCCAGCGCUCAAUAUAUGAGGGUUUUUGUUUGGGUUUCCUAACACAGCUCAAUAGGGCAUCACAUCCAGUAGUUCAGAAACUUAUUUGUCAACAUAUCAUCUCUGGCAAUGUCAAAAGUCUGCUGAAACAGCCUAUUCCAGAGCCAAAAGGAGGUCGGCUCAUCCAGGUUGAAGGCUACUGGAUUUCAGUGGGAGAUAAGGAGCCUACAAUAGAUGACACAUACGUUCUGACAUCUUCUGUUAAGUUGAACCUGAGAGAUAUAGUCCGAGUGGUCUCUGCAGGAACAUACCCAGUGCUGAUUCAGGGAGAGACCUCAGUUGGUAAAACAAGCCUGAUCAGGUGGCUGGCUGCAGCUACUGGCAAUCACUGCGUGCGUAUCAAUAAUCAUGAACACACGGAUAUUCAGGAGUAUAUUGGUUGUUAUACAUCUGACUCUUCAGGGAAGCUUGUGUUUAAAGAAGGUGUUCUUAUUGAUGCUAUGAGAAAGGGCUACUGGAUUAUCUUAGAUGAAUUAAAUUUGGCCCCUACUGAUGUGUUAGAGGCACUCAACAGACUGUUGGAUGAUAACCGAGAAUUGCUCAUAACAGAAACACAAGAAGUCGUUAAAGCACAUCCUCGGUUCAUGCUUUUUGCUACACAAAAUCCCCCAGGACUUUAUGGAGGAAGAAAGGUGCUUUCUAGAGCCUUCAGGAAUCGGUUUGUGGAAUUGCACUUUGAUGAAUUGCCUAGCUCUGAGUUAGAAACAAUUUUACACAAGCGGUGUAGUUUGCCACCCUCCUAUUGCAGCAAACUAGUUAAAGUCAUGCUGGACCUUCAGUCCUACCGCAGAAGUUCUUCAGUAUUCGCUGGAAAGCAGGGCUUCAUCACCCUUCGUGAUCUUUUUCGAUGGGCUGAAAGAUACAGAUUGGCAGAGCAAACCGAGAAGGAAUAUGACUGGCUACAGCAUUUAGCCAAUGAUGGUUUUAUGCUUCUGGCAGGCCGAGUCAGAAAGCAGGAGGAGGUUAAUGUGAUUCAAGAAGUCCUUGAAAAGCAUUUGAAAAAAAAAUUGCAUCCUCCAUCACUUUUCUCCAAAGAAAAUGUCCAAAAAUUACUGGGUAAAUUGUCUACCCAGAUGUCUACAGUGGAGUCUAAGUUCAGCCAUAUUGUGUGGACUGAAAACAUGCGGAGACUUGCAGUGUUGGUGGGAAGGGCAUUGGAAUUUGGAGAACCAGUGCUGCUGGUUGGAGACACAGGGUGUGGGAAGACAACAAUUUGCCAGUUGUUUGCAGCCUUGACAAAUCAGAAAUUAUAUUCAGUCAACUGCCAUUUAAACAUGGAAACAUCUGAUUUCUUGGGAGGGCUACGGCCAGUGAGAAAAAAACCAAGUGACAAGGAAGAAAUGGAUACAUCAGGACUUUUUGAGUGGCAUGAUGGACCUCUGGUUCUGGCCUUGAAAGAAGACAGCUUUUUUCUCUUGGAUGAGAUUUCCUUGGCUGACGAUUCUGUCCUGGAAAGACUCAAUAGUGUCCUUGAAGUAGAAAAGUCUCUGGUGUUAGCUGAAAAGGGCAGCCCAGAGGAUAAGGAUAAUGAGGUGGAGGUGUUGACUGCUGGGAAAAAUUUCCGAGUCUUAGCAACCAUGAACCCUGGGGGUGACUUCGGGAAAAAAGAGCUGUCUCCUGCCUUAAGAAAUCGUUUUACAGAAAUAUGGUGUCCUCAAAGCACAAGGCGUGAAGAUUUGGUUCAAAUAAUAAGUCAUAAUCUUCGUCCAGGAUUAUGUCUGGCCAGAACAGAUCAUAAAGGAGCUGAUAUAGCUGAGGUGAUGCUGGAUUUCAUCGACUGGCUGACCCAUCAGGAGUUUGGCCGCAAGUGUGUUGUCAGUAUCAGAGAUAUCCUGUCCUGGGUUAAUUUCAUGAACAUAAUGGGGGAGGAAGCUGCUAUGAAAAGACCAGAGAUUAUCUCUACUGUGACAUCAUUUGUCCAUGCUGCAUGCCUGGUGUACAUAGAUGGAAUAGGUUCAGGAGUAACCUCCUCUGGGUUUGGUACUUUAUAUGUGACUUUGUUUUUCAUCCCUUAAGGACCUGUCCUGCCCAGGAACAACAUUGCUGACUAUGCACUCAGUGCAGGCACCACAGCUAUGAAUGCCCAGAGGCUUUUAAGAGCUACCAAACUGAAUAAACCCAUUCUCCUGGAGGGCUCUCCUGGUGUUGGCAAGACAAGUUUGGUGGGAGCAUUAGCAAAGGCUUCAGGAAAUACCCUUGUUCGAAUCAAUCUGUCAGAGCAAACGGACAUCACAGACCUAUUUGGAGGAGAUCUACCUGUUGAGGGUGGCAAGGGAGGAGAGUUUGCCUGGUGUGAUGGCCCCUUGCUGGCAGCUUUGAAGGCAGGCCAUUGGGUUGUGUUGGAUGAGCUUAACUUGGCUUCACAGUCUGUAUUGGAAGGACUCAAUGCUUGUUUUGAUCAUCGAGGAGAAAUCUUUGUGCCUGAGUUAGGAAUGAGCUUUCAAGUACAGCAUGAAAAGACGAAGAUUUUUGGAUGUCAGAAUCCUUUUAGACAAGGAGGUGGGAGGAAGGGCUUACCCAGGUCUUUCCUGAAUAGAUUCACUCAGGUCUUUGUGGAUCCCCUUACAGCAGUUGACAUGGAGUUUAUUGCCAGUACUUUGUUCCCAGCCAUUGACAGAAAUAUUGUUAAAAAGAUGGUAGCUUUCAACAACCAAAUUGAUCUCGAAGUGACUGUUGAGAAGAAAUGGGGGCAAAAAGGAGGACCCUGGGAAUUUAACCUCCGGGACCUUUUCCGUUGGUGUCAGUUGAUGCUCGUUGAUCAAUCCCCUGGCUGUUAUGAUCCUGGUCAGCAUGUGUUUUUAAUCUAUGGUCAAAGAAUGAGAAGCAGGGAAGACAAGGAGAAGGUCAUUGCUGUGUUCAAGGAUGUGUUUGGUUCAAAUUCUAACCCAUACAUAGGAACCAGACUAUUUCAUAUCACUCCCUAUGAAGUUCAGCUGGGCUACUCAGUCCUUUCCCGUGGCAGCUAUGCUCCUCACCCAUCUCGCCGGCCCCUUUCACUUCUGCACCAGUCAUUCCAGUCCCUGGAGUCCAUCAUGAAAUGUGUUCAGAUGAGCUGGAUGGUCAUCCUUGUGGGGCCAGCCUCUGUUGGCAAGACCAGCCUAGUCCAGCUUUUGGCACAACUUACUGGCCACACAUUAAAGAUCAUGGCCAUGAACAGUGCAAUGGAUACUACUGAGCUUCUGGGUGGAUUUGAGCAGGUUGAUCUAAUACGACCUUGGAGGGAGCUGCUGGAGAAAGUGGAGGGUACUUUAAGGGCAUUGUUACGGGAUAGCCUUCUUAUCAGUGCCGAGGAUGCAGAAGUAGUGCUGCGUGCAUGGAGCCAUUUCCUUUUGACUUACAAACCCAAGUGUCUUGGAGAAGAUGGUCAAGGCAUCACAGUGGAAAUUGUCAAUAAACUGGAAGCGGUAUUGCUACUUAUGCAGAGACUCAAUAAUAAAAUCAACUCAUACUCUAAGGCAGAGUUUGCCAAACUUGUGGAAGAUUUCCGAAGUUUUGGGGUGAAGCUUAUGCAGUCAACCAGUGGCCAUAGCCAUGGCACAUUUGAAUGGGUUGACAGCAUAUUAGUUCGGGCCCUGAAGUCUGGAGACUGGCUUCUAAUGGACAAUGUUAACUUCUGCAACCCAUCAGUGCUGGAUCGUUUGAAUGCUUUGCUUGAACCUGGAGGCGUCCUCAACAUUAGUGAAAGAGGAAUGAUAGAUGGAUCCACUCCCACAAUAACACCCAAUCCCAAUUUCAGGCUUUUUCUUUCAAUGGAUCCUGUUCAUGGAGAAAUAUCCAGAGCUAUGAGGAAUCGUGGACUCGAAGUCUACAUUUCAGGAGAAGGCGAUGAGAGCAUUCCGGACAACCUGGAUUUGAAAGUUCUGCUGCACAGCCUUGGAUUGGUUGGAGACAGUGUGUGUGACAUACUCUUGUCUCUACACAUGGAGACCCAAAGCACUAUUUUAGGUGAGACAGCAAUACUCAUUGUCCAGUACCUGCAGCGAGGGCUGAGUUUAGAUAGAGCCUUUUUUGAAGCAUGCCGGGAAGUAUAUGUUGUCUCCCAGCAUUCAGCAGCAAACCAGAAGCUCGUGCAGGCUUUACUGGAAAAAUGUGUUUCUUCUCUGCGAGCACGGGAAACCUGGGGAAACUCAAUUCUUGCCACGGGACUGUGGCCAGAUUCUGUGCCCUCAGCUCUCUUUGCUACCGAAGAUUCUCAUCUCUCUAUUGUCCGAAGGGAUGGACAGAUCCUGGCAUACUGUCUCAACAGAAUGAGCAUGAAAACCAACAGCUGGGUGAGGAGUCAGCCUCUUACCUUGCAAGACUUAGAGAAAAUUAUGCAGUCUUCCAACCCUGAGAACCUGAAAUUUAAUGCAGUAGAGGUGGAAACAUAUUGGAUCGAUGAACCAGAUGUUUUGGCCAUGGCUGUUAAACUGCUCAUAGAAAGAGCAACAAAUCAGGAUUGGAUGCUCAGAGUUAAAUGGCUUUAUCAUUUAGCGUCUAACAUUGCUUCUUCUUUCUCCACAGAGUCAAUACAAAUUAAUUUGGAAGCCAGUGCUGCAUCUCUUAGGAAUUUUUACUCAAAUUCUCUCUCAGCUGGGGUCAUGAAUAUCUUCAAACUAUUACAAGCAAAUAUAACAGAUGACUUUGUGAUCCCUUUGGACCCCCGGUGGAAUAUACAGGCUUUGGACAUUAUUAGAAAUUCAAUGGACUAUGAUCCACAAACGGACCAGCCCAAGCAGCUCUUUUCCCUUUUAGAAUCAGUUGCAAACAAGACAAUUGUUUAUCUUGACCGGGAAAAACGAAUUUUUACUGAAACAAAUUUGAUUUCUGUUGGUGGCAAAAAGUUAAGAAAUAGUGUUUUAAGAAUGUCCUUUGAAUUUCAUAAAGAUCCAGAGAGCUAUCACAGCCUGCCCCAUGAAAUUGUGGUCAAUCUUGCUGCUUUUUUUGAACUUUGUGAUGCAGUAAUCCUGCUCUGGGUACAAUCCCCCCAAGGUGUGGUGUCUGACGCCAAUGUCUUUGAGAUCUUAGAUUCUUUGAGAUGGCGGGACCGGUUUUGGACUGUGGCUGACACGGUAAAAGUGGAUGCUCCGGGUCUGGCUUUGCUUGCUCUCCAUUGGCACUGGGUUUUAAAACAUUUAGUCCAUCAAAUCCCCCAACGCCUGAUGAAUCAUGAAGACAAAUAUUACAAAGAGGUUCAGACCGUGUCAGAACAUAUUCAAAAUUGUCUUGGUAGCCCAACUGGUGGCUUCAUUGGUAUAAAGAGGUUGCAGAAGUUCCUGGGACGACCAUUUCCUUUCAAGGACAAGCUAGUGGUAGAGUGUUUUUCACAGUUGAGAAUCCUCAACAGAGCCCUUGCCAUCAGAGAGCAGAUGCCUGUCGUUGGGGAGAGUGGAUGGCAAGAAGAUUUCAGUCGUCUCCAAGUGGUUGCUUCUGAGUGGACAUUAAAGAAAAGUCUCCUGCAGGCCUGGGGAUUGAUCCUCAGAGCUAAUAUUCUAGAAGAUGUCAAUCUAGAUGAGUUGAAGAAUCUUGUGAGUGCUCAGUGUUUAGAACUCAAGGCCAAAGGACUUUCACUUGGUUUUCCGGAGAAAAAGCAUGGUGAAGCUUCCUUUGCACCCCAGCCAGACUUUACCUCUUUAAUUCAACUCACCAGGAGUGUUCAAUUAUGGCCUACAAUGGAAUACUUGGCUAUGCUUUGGCAGUACAAAGUGACAGCUGAUUUUAUGACACAGGCUUAUUUGAGAAGGUUCAGCAAAAAUCAGCAACCUCUGAUAGAGGAGGAGAUAAGACAUCACAUCACAUUUUGUCUUCAGCACACACCAGUUGCUCCUCAAGAACUUCGAGACCUGUGGUCUUUACUGCAUCAUCAGAAGGGAUCUGCUGAAGAAAUUACUUGUUUGUGGUCUGAGUUAUUUAAUUCCACAUUUAUGUCUUUCUGGAGCAGUACUGUGACCACAAAUCCAGAGUACUGGCUAACAUGGAACCCUCUGCCCAAUAUGCAGCAGAGGGAGAUGCCCAAGUCCCUUUUGGACUCUACAUUAAAGGGCCCUGGCAGUCUCUGUAGAGCCACAUUCUCCAAGUGCUGCUUUGAAGUCUUGACUAGCAGCUGCAGAGCAAUUUCCUGGGAUGUGAGUGGCCUCCCAGUCCUGUCCUCUUCACAUGUCACACUGGGAGAGUGGGUUGAAAGAGCCCAGCAGCUACGGGACAUCAACUCAUUGCUUUGGACCAACAUGGCUGUCCCUUCAAUAGCAGAAUUCAGACACACAGACUCCCAGCUCCAGGGACUAGUGCUGUGCCGACACCUAGCGGGCCUAGCAGAGCUGCUCCCAGAACCCCAGCAGCAGGAGUAUGUACAGAACUGUGAGCAACUGCUGCUUAGAGACAGCCAGGCCUUCCACUAUGUGAUCCAGACUCUUGGGGAUAUGGCUGGUCAGGAGGCACUCCCCAAGGAACUACUCUGCCUGUUUCUCACCUCCCUGCACCACUUUUUUGGGGAAGGGGAGAAUAAGAGGAACCUGCCUGAACCAGCCCAGCGUGGGAGCCUCUGGGUGAGCCUUGGCUUGCUCCAGAUUCAGACCUGGCUUCCUCAGGCACGCUUUGACCCUGCAGUGAAGAGGGAAUGCAAGCUCAAGUAUGCCAAGGAAGAGUUACACCAGCUACAGUGUGAAUGGAAGACCCGGAACUUAUCAUCUCGGUUACAAACUGGAAGAGACCUGGAAAAUGAAGUAAUUAUCAAUUAUUCUCAUCCUCACAUCAGGUUACUUCAUCAAAGGAUCAAUUACCUAGAGAACUUAAUCUGCAGCCUGUCGAAGAAGCAGGCCUUCAGACCCCAGCUGCCUACCUAUGAGUCUCUGGUGCAAGAGAUCCACCACUAUGUCACCAGCAUUGCCAAGGCCACUGCUAUUCAGGAUCUGCUUACGCGGCUGCUGCAGGUUCUCCAUGCAGAUGGGCCACGAUCUGCCCAGGUGGCCCAGAGCCUUCUAAAAGAAGAGGCCUCUUGGCAGCAGUCACACCACCAGUUCAGGAAAAGGCUAGGGGAAGAAUAUGCCCUCUACCCAGAUUCUGUGAUUCCACUACAGGCUUCCAUCUUACAGUUGCAGCAUGGCAUGAGGCUAGUAGCAUCUGAGGUCCAUACCUCACUCCACAGCAGUGUGAUCUGUUCCGACAGGCUGGGUGCCUUGGCUAUGGCUUUGUUGGCUUUUCCAUCAGUGGGCCCCACCUUCCCCACCUAUUAUGCUCACGCAGAUGUCUUGUGCUCAGUGAAGUCAGAGGAGGUUCUUCGAGGCCUUGGGAAACUGACCAUUAACCGCUCAAGAGGAAAGGAAUCAGAAGGCAUGGGCCAGCAACCCUGCCCCACCCGCGAACAGCUGCUAAUGAAUGCCCUUCUUUACCUGCACUCCCAUGUGCUAUGCAAGGGAGAACUGGACCAGAGGUCCCUGUCACUCUUCAGACAUAUCUGUCAGGAGAUUAUCAAUGAGUGGGAUGAACAGGAACGCAUAGCCCAAGAGAAGGCAGAACAGGAAAAUAGCCUGUACAAAUUCAAGAGCAAGAGCUCUAGGAUCACCCUAAGCGAGGAAGAAGAGGAAGAACAGGAGUUCAGAAAACAGUUUCCACUGCAUGAAAAGGACUUCGCAGAUAUUUUGAUAGAGCCAACACUUGAGGAGAAAAAAGGAACUUUAGAUGGACAAGAAGAGGAUACAGCCACAGACCCAGCUGCCCUCUCCCAGAGUUCAAUGCAGGCAGUAAUGUUGAUACACCAGCAGUUGAGCCUCAACUUUGCUAGGUCCCUGUGGUACCAGCAGGCUGUGUCACCACAUGAGGCAAAGCACUACCUCAGCUUGUUUGCAUCUUGCUAUCAGACUGGGGCUUCUCUUGUGACACACUUCUACCCGCUGAUGGGAGUUGAACUGAAUGACCGACUUUUGGGCAGCCAACUUUUGGCCUGUAGCCUUUCCCAUAACACACUCUUUGAAGAGACAGCCUCAGACCUAAUGGUGAAACCUGAUGGGCCCUAUGAUUUCUACCAGCACCCCAACGUAUCAGAAGCACAACAGUGUCAGCCUUUGCUUCACGGUUUCUCAGAGGCUGUCAGUCAGUUGCUGCAGGAUUGGCCGGAACACCCUGCACUUGAACAGCUGCUGGUCGUAAUGGACAGAAUUCGUAGUUUCCCACUUUCCAGUCCUAUCUCAAAGUUUCUGAAUGGCUUAGAGAUUCUUCUGGCAAAGGCACAGGACUGGGAGGAGAAUGCAAGUCGAGCUUUGUCUUUGCGGAAACAUCUCGAUUUGGUCAGUCAGAUGAUCAUUCGGUGGCGCAAACUGGAGCUGAACUGUUGGUCCAUGAGUUUGGAUAAUACCAUGAAGCGCCACACUGAGAAAUCCACCAAGCACUGGUUCUCCAUCUAUCAGAUGCUUGAGAAGCACAUGCAGGAACAAACAGAGGAACAAGAAGAUGACAAACAGAUGACUCUGAUGUUGCUGGUCAGCACAUUACAAGCAUUUAUUGAGGGAUCCUCUCUGGGGGAGUUCCAUGUGCGACUUCAGAUGUUGCUGGUUUUCCAUUGUCAUGUUUUGCUGAUGCCACAGGUUGAAGGAAAGGAUUCACUUUGUAGUGUUCUAUGGAAUUUGUACCAUUAUUACCAGCAAUUCUUUGACCGGGUCCAGGCCAAAAUUGUAGAACUUCGUUCCCCUCUAGAAAAAGAACUUAAAGAAUUUGUUAAGAUAUCAAAGUGGAAUGAUGUGAGCUUCUGGUCCAUUAAACAGUCUGUGGAAAAGACACAUAGAACCCUGUUUAAAUUCAUGAAGAAAUUUGAAGCUGUCCUGAGUGAACCCUGCCGGUCAUCCUUGGUGGAAAGUGACAAGGAGGAAAAGCCUGACUGUUGGCCCAGGCCAACAGAUGAAGCCACAAGUGAGGCAUCUCCUAUCCAGAGUCUGAACAAGGCACUGAGGGAGACCCUGUUAGCCCAGCCAACAGCUGACCAGGCCACAAUUCCAGAACAGCAACAGGGUGCUACUCCUUUCUCUGUAGAAGGAAAACUUCUGCGUCGCUUGCCAAAGCUCAUGAAACGAAUGAGGAAGAUAUGCCUGACAUUCAUGAAAGAGAGCCCGCUGCCUCACCUCGUGGAGGGAUUUGAUCAGUUCACUGGUGAAGUGAUUUCUUCUGUGAAUGAGCUGCAGAGCUUAAAAGUGGAGCCCUCUGCAGAAAAGGAGAAGCAGCAGUCAGAAGCCAAGCAUAUUCUCAUGCAGAAGCAGCGAGCUUUAUCAGACCUCUUUAAACACCUUGCAAAAACUGGUUUGUCAUAUCGCAAAGGUCUUGCCUGGGCCCGUUCAAAAAAUCCUCAAGAAAUGCUUCAUCUUCACCCAUUAGAUCUCCGGAGUGCAUUGUCCAUAGUCAGCACUCAGGAGGCUGAUUCUAGGCUGCUUUCAGAAAUCUCGUCUUCUUGGGAUGGGUGCCAGAAGUAUUUCUAUCGCUCUCUUGCAAGGCAUGCCAGGCUUAACAUAGCCCUUGCAACUCCUGCCAAGGAGAUGGGCCUAGGCAACAUUGAAAGGUGUAAAGGGUUCUCGGCACACUUGAUGAAGAUGCUCAUCCAACAGCGGCGCUCCCUGACCACUCUGACUGAGCAGUGGAUUAUUCUCAGGAACCUUCUCUGCUGUGUACAGGAGAUUCACAACAGGUUGACAAGGCCUCUGGUCUACCCUGUGGCCUUUCCACCUCAGGACAGUGUGCAGCAGUGGACAGAGCGGCUACAGCACCUGGCCAUGCAGACCCAGAUUCUGCUCGAGCAGCUUUCCUGGCUCCUCCAGUGCUGUCCUACUGCAGGACCACCUGCAGGCCAUGGAAAUGCUCCAUUCCAGGGUCAGCCUACUGACAUCCACCUGGAAAAACCAGAACUCAUCAAGGGACAGCUGUCCAGAGCCGUUCCAGACUUGAUUCCCUUUUAUCUAAGCUACCCAUCCCCAGUACCUGGAAGUCAGCUACCCUCUGGUUGCCGUAUGCGGAAACAAGACGAGCUUUGGCAACAGUCAGUUGCAAAGUUAACAGAAAUGCUGAAAACCAUUAAAACAGUGAAAGCUAAUGUUGACAAAAUCAGACAGCAGUCUUGUGAGACCCUCUUUCAUUCAUGGAAAGAUUUUGAAGUUUGCUCUUCUGGGCUGAGUUGCCUGUCCCAAGUAUCAGCUCAUUUGCAAAGCCUAGAGUCCUUGUUCAUUAUUCCAGGGAUAGAGGUUGAGCAAACAGAACCACAAAUGAGUUUAGUUGAAAGCCUGGAAUAUGUAAGAAGAGAAAUCAAUAAAGCUGUUGAUGACUUUACUACUUGGAAAACACAUCUGCUCACUUCAGGCAGCCAUGGAGGACACCCAGUGUUGGAUGAAAGCUUCACUGAAGAUUUUGCAGAACAAAUGGAAACUGCCAUCCGGGCCAUCCUUUGUGCCAUCCAGAACUUAGCAGAAAAAAACAGUGAAAACGCAGAGGAAAGUCUUGACCAAAAAAGACCACAGGAAGAGGAUGAGGGAGCAAGCUUUGAGAGACUACACCCAGGACAUCUAACAAAACUCUUAGAAGAUGACUUCUGGGCCAGUGUGAGCACUUUACAUGUACAGAAAAUAAUUUCUGCCACCUCUGAGCUAUUGGAGAGGCUAAAAUCAUACAGUGAGGAUGGAACCACAUCAAAGCACACGGUCUUCAACCAGGCCUGUGGCUUGUUGGUGCGCCUAGUGCCCAUGCUAUACAGCUUCUCAGACCUUGUGCUCUUCUUCUUGACCAUGUCUCUGGCAACUCACCGGAGUACUGCGAAACUGCUCUCUGUGCUUGCCCAGAUCUUUACAGAGCUUGCCCAGAAGGGAUUUUGCCUGCCUGCAGAAUUUAUGGAAGAUCCAGCAGGAGAAGGAACAACUAAAUUCCAUGACUAUGAGGGAGGUGGAAUUGGAGAAGGUGAAGGCAUGAAGGAUGUGAGUGACCAGAUAGAAAAUGAGGAACAGGUACGUAUUCUCAUGCAUGAAAUACGUGGACAGAUUACAGAACGUGACUUCCUCUCUCAAGUCAUACAUAUACUAAGCUCAGUGCCUUACCUUUCAGAAGAGGAUGAUGAAAAGUCAGAUAGUGAGGGCGGAGACCUGGAUAAACAGAUGGGCGAUCUCAAUGGUGAGGAAGCUGACAAACUUGAUGAGAGGCUUUGGGGUGAUGACGAGGAGGAAGAAGAGGAGGAAGAAGACAAUAAAACUGAAGAAACAGGACCAGGAAUGGAUGAGGAAGACUCUGAACUUGUUGCUAAAGAUGACAACUUGGAUGCUGGGAAUUUGAACAAAGAUGAAAAACAGAAAAAUAAGAAAGAAGAAAAGGAAGAAGCAGGAUCCAAUGAGGAGGGACAAGGCCAAGAUAAAAUUAAUGAACAAAUAGAUGAGAGAGAAUAUGAUGAAAAUGAAGUGGACCCUUACCAUGGCAAUCAGGAAAAGCUGCCAGAACCUGAGGCUCUGGACCUUCCAGAUGACUUGAAUCUUGACAGUGAAGACAAGAAUGGUAGUGAAGAUACAGACAAUGAGGAAGCAGAAGAAGAGAAUCCUUUGGAGAUCAAAGAAAAACCUAUGGAUAUGGAAGAAGCAGGUCAUGAAGCUGAAGAGAUGAAUGAAGACACUGAGACUGACCAGAAUGAUGAUGAAAAUCAACCCAAGCCUGAGGAAGGCCCCAGUGAAGAUGACAAGGUGGGAGAGGAGGAGGAGAUGGAUACAGAAGCUGAUGACCAAGACAAAGGUGCUGCCGAACAUCCUGAAGAAAACUCAGAGGAGCAGCCGCAGCCAUCUCUGGAGGAAGAAGACAGGGAAGCCACUGAGGAAGGUGGAGAUAAUGGCACCCCUGUUGACCAAGGUCUCCAGCCUCAGAAUUCGGAAGAGGAGGAGAAAUCUGACACAGAGGAGCAGUUGCCAGAGGCAAUGGAGAGGAAAGAGCAUACUUCCUAUGGGCAGACUGCUAUGGAGAACAUACAGAGUGCACAGGCCGUGGAGCUGGCUGGGGUUGCACCUGAAAAGGAGCAGGGGAAAGAGGACCAUGGGAAUGGAGCCGCAGAUGCAAACCAGGCACAAGGUCAUGAAUCCAACUUCCUUGCCCGGCUGGCCUCCCAGAAACAUACCAGGAAAAACACACAGAGUUUUAAGAGGAAACCUGGGCAGGCUGACAACGAACGCUCCAUGGGUGAUCACAAUGAGCAUGUGCAUAAAAGGCUGAGAACUGUGGAUAACGACAGCCAGGCUGAACAGGAGGCAGCCCAGCCCCAACCUCAGCCCCAUGCAGAAGACGCAGACGCAUAUGAGCACAUUAAACAAGGACAUGACACAUAUGAUGCACAGACGUAUGAUGUGGCUAGCAAGGAGCAGCAGCAGUUUGCAGAAGACUCUGGCAAAGAUCAACAAGAUGAAGAAAUAGAGGAUGCCCUCAUGGAUACAGAGAAACAGGAAGAACUCCAAACAGCAGACAUGGAACAGCUGAAGCCAGAGGAAGUCAAGUCAGGAACCACAACAGUUUCUAGCCCUGAUGAAAUGGAAGUAGAAGCUCAAAUUGUUAAACCAGAGGAACACCAAGACUCCAGAAUAGACAGAUCCUACAAGGAGAGAGAGAAUGAGAAACCAGAGAGAAGCCGAGAUUCAACCAUUCAUACCGCCCAUCAGUUUCUUAUGGAUAUAAUUUUCCAGCCCCUUAUAAAAGAUAUUAAUCAGCUAAGACAGGAGAUGGAAAGACAACUAGAAACAUGGGAGCCACAGGAAUCUGGAAACUCGGGAGAAGAGAUGGCUGCAGCUGAGAUGUGGCAGAAUUAUCUGAUCUUGACUACACCUCUUUCACAACAGUUAUGUGAGCAACUUCGUCUCAUAUUAGAACCUACUCAGGCAGCCAAAUUGAAAGGAGACUAUCGAACAGGAAAGCGACUGAACAUGCGGAAGGUCAUUCCAUACAUUGCCAGUCAAUUUCGGAAAGACAAGAUUUGGCUCCGAAGGACCAAGCCCAGUAAACGCCAGUAUCAGAUUUGUUUAGCUAUUGAUGACUCUUCUAGUAUGGUAGACAAUCACACCAAACAGCUUGCAUUUGAAUCAUUGGCUGUGAUUGGAAGUGCUCUAACCCUUCUGGAAGUGGGUCAGAUUGCAGUGUGCAGUUUUGGAGAGACAGUAAAGCUAUUACACCCAUUCCAUGAGCAGUUCAGUGAUUAUUCCGGGUCCCAGAUUCUACGGCUAUGCAAAUUCCAACAAAAGAAAACCAAGAUUGCUCAGUUUCUAGAGUCUGUAGCCAACAUGUUUGCAGCUGCUCAGCAACUCUCACAAAACAUCAGUCCAGAAACUGCACAACUUCUCCUAAUAGUCUCUGAUGGACGAGGUCUUUUUCUUGAGGGCAAAGAAAGGGUCUUGGCAGCAGUUCAGGCUGCCCAGAAUGCUAACAUCUUUAUCAUUUUUGUUGUGUUGGACAAUCCCAGUUCUCGGGAUUCUAUCUUGGACAUUAAAGUACCAAUAUUUAAAGGACCCGGAGAGAUGCCUGAAAUCCGAUCAUACAUGGAAGAGUUCCCUUUCCCAUUCUAUAUCAUCCUUCGAGAUGUGAAUGCUCUUCCUGAGACACUCAGUGAUGCCCUCAGACAGUGGUUUGAGUUGGUGACUGCCUCUGAUCACCCUUAGAACAGAAAAAGCUGUCCAAAGCAAAACUGUUUGAAUCAUGGUCAGAAUAUUGCAAAUCUUACCUGAUGCUCCCUUUUGGAUAACUGUUUCUGAAAUUAUCCCUCUAAAAUACAUUGUUUUGAUUUUUAAAAUCCACCCAACGGCUACAAAACAUAUGAAAUCUCCUUAAUAAACCUGGGACAGAGAAGGAACAAACAUAAGCGGCAGGGCUCCCGUCUCAUAACUGAGGAGGCCAUACCCUCCCUGGAUCCAGCUACGUGUUUUCCCCUUGCAGAAACAUUUCUUGAGAUGCUGUCAGGAAUGAACUGUGGACCCUUUGGCCCUACUUUAAGUUCUGCCUUGGUGAACCUAAAGGCUGUCAUGUGGCUGAGAUGCAUACAGUUUUAUGCAGAGCCUGACCGCACAAUAAAUAUGGUAAGAAAAUGCACAAAGAACUCCUCUUAGAAGACAGGAAGCCCACGCAAUCGACAUAUAUAAGUAAAAAUGAAGUGGCUUUUCAGUGUCCUCACAUUUGCUGCUUCGGGAGACUAUGCAAUAACAAAGAUAAUUUUCCCUUGAUUUCAUUCUCUCAGUGCCAUAGUUCUAUUUGUUAUAAUAAUUUAUUUUAGUUUUUAUUUUUUUCCCUUAAUAGUUUAGGAGAAGAAUCAUUCCUCCCACUGCUUUCAAGCUAGACUGAGCCAGUCUCAUUCUGGAAAAGAAAUGCUAUGUUCACAGAAUUAAGCAGCUACAUCUACUUUUUUCCCCCCCAGUUAAAAUACACCAUUGGUUUUUCUUUGGCCAGAAAGCAGUGAUGUUUGAAUACUUGAAACUGUGAGCUGUAUUCUAUUUAAUGUUCUUUUGUAGGCAACAUGCUAUGACAUAAUCAUCUCUUCAUGUCUUUUAAGUUACACUGUGAAGUCUGCCACCCUUAUAGGUGGUGAUCAUUAAACACAGAUUGCUUGUUGUUUAACCAAAUGUCCUAAAGCAUGUAUCAAGUUAUCAUUUUUUAUUCUCGAAAACUAUGCAGUUUAUAUUCUGAAAGUUAUUAAAAUAAUACAACAUUGUUCAGA